CUUCGUGAGGCUCAAAUUACCUCAUCAUACACCUGAUCCCACCCAUACCGCUCAUUACAGUCGUGUGGACUAGCGCGUCAAAAAUGCGGGCACUUCUGCGACCUUCGCUGCGUACUGGCCGUCAAGCGUUUAGCUCUAACCGUCAGGCUACCACAGUUCGCCCAUUAGUUCGGACUCAGGCGUACGUGGAGGCGUCAACCAGCUAUGCGGUGCUGCAGCAAGCAAUCGCUUACGCUGUCGUUCUUGGUGCUGAGGGAGUUUAUACGAGGACGCAGCUACCUGAAGGCGCUCCCGGCAGGCCUGAGGUUGUGCCGGUGGCUGGCGGUGUGGCAACGACAUUGCUGGCUUCCGGACUCGUGGCCGCCAACAACGACCUGCUCUUCACCCCCGCCUUCAUCGUGGGGCUCGUGUCCUCCGGAGCCAUGUUGUCGUACGCAGUGAAACGGACCAUCGACACGAAGCAAGAUGACACCGACUGGCCGGGGCCCAAGGUUUGGCCCGCGACUAUGGCCCUCAUCAGCUUCUUCGCACUCAACGUCUUCAUCCAGGCCAUCAGGGACGGGAAACCAUGGUGGUAUCUUGGCAAAGUGUGUUUGCAGAACCAUCACCACCACCACGUGUACAUUCAUGAUGCCGGUGGUGAUGGUGGAGGUCAGGAGGUCUAA